UGAAGCGCAGGUUCAGGGAAGUGUUGAGGGGGCGGAUAGUUUCUGAUUUGUUUCCCCUCUACAUCUUCGCUCAGCCAAUAAUGUGGAGGGAGCUGUUGUGCACAUCUCAGCUGGCAGACAUUUAAAAGGGAGACAGUCCGGCGCUGCAGCAAUUUGUAUGAACCCCCCACUCCCACCCCCUGUCUAUGGAGCGGCUGGUCUCCCACCCAGCCACAGUCCCGCCAGUGCACAGUCGACAGCAGUAGGCGCCCCUCACCUCGGAAGGUGCCUCCACAGGACUGACAGGAUCGGAUCAUUGCGCUUUUUUUUGGCUGCAGCGGACAGGAUGGCCAACCCGACGCGUAUCUUUUGCGGUAUGGUUCUCAUCACUGGGCUGCUCUUCUCUUCUCCCGCGGACUCGAAAAGGAACCGGGGUUCACAAGGCGCCAUCCCUCAUCCUGACAAAAGCAACCCAAACGAAUCGGAGCAGCAACCGCAGCCUCCGCAGGCGGGCUCCGGGUCCCGGCAGAGGCAGGGCUCGUCCUCGUCCUCGUCCUCCUCCUCCUCCUCGCCGGCCGACGAGGUGCUGGAGUCCAGCCAGGAGGCGCUGCACGUGACGGAGCGCCAGUAUUUGAAACGGGACUGGUGCAAGACGCAGCCGCUCAAGCAGACCAUCCACGAGGAGGGCUGCGUCAGCCGCACCAUCAUCAACCGCUUCUGCUACGGACAGUGCAACUCCUUCUACAUCCCGAGGCACAUCCGCCGGGAGGAGGGAGCCUUCCAGUCCUGCUCCUUCUGCAAGCCGAAGCGUUUCACCACCAUGACGUUUACUUUGAACUGUCCGGACCAGCAGCCGCCCACCAAGAAGAAACGCAUCCAGCGCGUCAAACAGUGCCGCUGCAUAUCCAUAGACCUGGACUGAAGACACACAGAAAUGUGCUGUGUCUGUGUGUGUGUGUGUGUGUGUGUGUGUUUUUGUGUGUGUUCCAUACUCAUAUUCUUAUUCGCGGACAGGAAAGUUGGUAGAAAAGAGAAAAGAGAGAGGCUGUCACGGAGCCAAGAGCACGUGUUUUAUGUCUCCAUCUGGGGAUGUACUCCACACAUGAAGGCUGCCUAUGUACCACGAUUCUCUUCUUGCACAACGUGUGGAAAAUUCCAAAACAUGGACAUGUAACGUUGAACUGCAAAACAACAUUUUACUCUUCACCAAUUCGCUUGAAAAAUCAGUAUCACUGCACGGGAACGCUGACUUGGAAUGGGCACGUUUUACGCACGGCUUCCUCACCCCCAGUUAGGCCUGCCUGCACGACCCCGGUUUAUUUAAAAAAAAAAAAGACCCUGUUCCACACACACACACUCACCGUGACAGGAACACACUCCUGCCCAACUCUGUAUUAUUGUGUUUAUGUCAACCUGGAUGUUUCCACUGUGUGGAAUUCGAUGGACAAGUGGCGAUAUUUGUAAAUGGAAAAUGUGUUUUUAUUUUUUCGAUACCCCAAGAAUCCUUGGGCUAACCUGAUUGAUUUCAGCCCAUCAGUAAAGAUUUAAAAAAAAAAAUUGAUUUCAUUAUUAUUUUUUCUUUUUGGGUAAGUAGUGUGCCUUCUCAAAUGUAGACACAAUAUGCUUCUUUGUUAGUUAAAGCGGACGACGUACAGUGAUGGUUUAUACAACAUAGAGAUUAAAUAGUUGUAAAAUGUAAUGUCAUCUUUGAUGUAGCCGGUUUGUUUAUCCACUUGAUUAAAUUAUCCAUGAAAACGUAAAAUAAAGGGAUUGCUGGAAAUGUUGUGCAUAUUAUUUGCAACCUUGAAAAAUAUUUGUGUAUAGGAAUAAACUUGACCACUGAGACAUUCA